UCCGGGCACUGACUGAGACCUUAAUCAUCAUGUACCAGAGUCUCAGGAUUAAUCCCGAAUUUCCUUUGGAACCAAAUAGGGUCCAUUCAGCCCUCACGGCUGACUGAUUUAAUAGGGACACCCAACCUGGUCUUGGUUAUACAUGCCAAGUCAGCCCUCUUAUACACAUGAAGUCAAGAACAAGAGAGGCUUAAUUAUUGGUCAACCUGGCAUUUAAUAGCAGUAGUUAGAAACCAAGGUCUGCUAACCAGGCCUAAGGAAAUAACCUUGGAAUCAACUGGAGACAUUGAAAUAUCUUCCCCAGGACCAGCCAGCUUUGCCCUAUCUCUUGUCUAAGGCCAAAUCUCCCUGACCUGUACCAUCCCAACCCAUUAAUAAAGGCCUCCAUCCAGGCCUAAAUUAGCAAUCUUUCUCCCUCUUUGGGUAGCCAGUUCCUGUGAAUUGCUUCUGAUCUAACAUGCAGUGAUCUGUCAGUCAGCUGCAUUCCCACCACACAUCCAUACCACACUCCCAAAUCCCCUCCCCCACUCUCAUGGGGGGGGGAGGUUAUGAGGGGCAAAAUAGGCACUCACCGCACUGGCUGGACCAACCCAGAAAGUUAUAGCCCCUCUUCCACAUAACAGCCAGAUGAAAUCUAGGUGAUCUCAUCAGCUGGCUCCGAAUACUGAUUGAAACUCCUUUCAGUUCUCAUUCCAAGUCCUUCAGUGCUGUUGCAGAAGAAUCCUUGGGCACACCCUGCUGAAAAGUGACACAAGUGGAUACUUUCGUCUGCAGCCACCGCCAUUUGUAAAAGACAAAAUGGCCUCUGUCCAGAAUGACAGGCUGUUUUGCAGAUGAGGAUAAAAGCCAAACUCCACCUCUACUACUUGGCCAAUUUUGCUUCUUGGGACUUACCCAUACCAACCAGAAGUCCCGAAUCUCUGAAUUCAAGCUUCUCUGGGUUGCCACCAUUGCUCUCCACUAGCUGAUUGAUAAUAUUUCCAACUCUAAUCUGUAGCACCUCUGGGUCAUCUGAUUGAGUGCAUUAGCUGUAAGGGGAAGUGGAUGGAUACGGAGAGAUAAACGCUUAUGUAAUUAUGUGUCUUUAUGUUUUUACAUUGGAAUACACUAUAGAAGACAUUUUAGUGGUAGUUCAGCUAUAGAACCAUUGUGUAUUAAUUUAUAUAUUAAAGAAUCUGGAAUAUAAUUUCCUUUGUUACUGUUUUUUCCUUUUUAAAAAAUGAAGUUCUAGAUAGAAUCAUAGACAAAUUACACGAGUAAAGAGAUGGCAUGAGAUUGGGGUGGGCUAUUGUGAUUUGUCUUUCUAAUUGUGGAAAGUGCCACUAUUGAAUAUUCACUAUAUACUGUUGAUAUAUUGCUUUGUUCCGUAUUUUCUUCUCUGAUACACAGUGGAGACAUCUUAAUUUAGUGAAUGUCAAAGUCCAAAAGAAUAGUUCCAGAAAUGUCCAUUUUAUUUGGGUUACUUAAAAAAAGGUUUUCUGAACUUUGCUUUAGUUUAAUGAUUAACAAGUUGAAAACUACCAGAACUAAAUUAUUUAAAGACAAAACAAAGUAAGCUACAUCAUGUCUGAGAGACCAAUUUGCAUUGCUGAUUUCGAAGAAUAUGCUAAGAAAUUUCUUCAAAAAUCUGUGUACGAUUACUAUAAGUCUGGGGCUGAUGAUCAACAAACAUUAGCUGAAAAUGUAGCUGCAUUUUCGAGAUUAAGACUAUACCCUCGGAUGUUGAAAAAUGUGUCAACCCUGGACCUGUCAACUUGUGUCUUGGGAGAGAAAAUCAGUAUGCCAAUAUGCAUUGCAGCCACUGCCAUGCAGUGCAUGGCUCAUGCAGAUGGGGAAAUUGCAACUGCUAGAGCCUGUAGGUCAGCAGGAACAGGGAUGAUGUUGAGUUCUUGGUCCACAACAUCUAUAGAAGAAGUUGCUCACGCAGCUCCAAAGACAAUUCUCUGGCUGCAGCUCUAUAUUUAUAAGGACCGUGAGGUCACAAGAUCUUUAGUGCAUCGGGCCGAAAAAGCUGGCUAUAAAGGCAUUUUUGUGACUGUGGACACCCCGUAUCUUGGAAAACGCUUAGAUGAUGUACGCAACAAGUUUCGUCUGUCUCCACAUCUCAGAAUGAAAAAUUUUGAAACCAAUGAUCUGGCAUUUUCAUCUGAGAAGGGUUAUGGUGAAAACAGUGGCCUGUCUGUUUAUGUCGCAGAGGCAAUAGAUCCAUCAAUCAACUGGGAUGAUUUAAAAUGGCUCAGAGGCCUGACUUCACUGCCCAUUGUUGCUAAAGGAAUCCUCCGAGCUGAUGAUGCUAGAGAAGCAGUAAAGCUUGGCGUCAAUGGGAUUCUGGUAUCCAAUCAUGGCGCACGUCAACUGGAUGGUGUUCCAGCUACUAUUGAGGUCCUGCCUGAAAUAAUAGAUGCGGUGGAAGGGAAGACUGAGGUAUUUCUAGAUGGUGGAAUAAGAAAAGGCACAGAUGUUCUCAAGGCCCUGGCUCUUGGGGCCAAAGCGGUGUUUGUAGGAAGGCCUGUAAUCUGGGGUCUUGCAUACCAGGGCGAAGAUGGUGUGAAGGAAGUUCUUCAAAUACUGAAAGAAGAAUUCAAAUUAGCAAUGGCGCUCUCUGGUUGUCCAAAUGUAGAAGCAAUCGACAGAACAUUAGUCCGGAGAGUUCAGUGGGAAGCUUCCAAGAUGUAGCUGCAUCUGUUGUUUGAACCCCAUCUUGUUGCAUAUUUCUUGUUGCUUGUCAAGAAUUUGGAAUUAAAAAUAAAUGAAAGCUUCCAGGACAAGAUCUAGUUGAAACUACCAAAGCUGUUUCUUCUGAAAAUAUGUCAAAUAUAUCUUUUU